AUGUCUUCUUCAACACCCUCACCGUGUCUUGACAUCGACGAGACUGCGCCCGCUGUCGUUGAGUGGGAAUGCGACGGUGUUACGCAUCAUCUUGCGAAGCCUGAUCCGAAGGUCGACAGUAUUAUCUUUAGAACUCGGUUGAGCGGCUCCAGCGCGCUCUUCGAAAUACGCUUCCCCAUCAACCUGAAGGGUGUGGAUGGUGUCUCGGCCAUUACGAUCUCUAUCCAACCCUCUUCCAUCACAUCCUUCGAGUUUACCACACCCAAGACGGUUCCCGAAGCUGCGAAAGACAAGUUUAAAGGAGGAGUGACUCGCCUAGCAUUUCAAAUCAAUCAGACUGCCCAGAUCCUGGCUCCUGUCGCUGCAAAGGAUCCACUCGCACCGUCAAAAGCGCAAUCCGGCAAAGUCCUCGAUGCUGUUCGCAUGCUUGCCGACGCAACUGUUUUUAUAGUGUAUAUAGGCGACAAGAAGCUAUCGAAUGAACAAUUUGUAUCCAUCAGCGACGCAGUGAAACGGGGUGGUCUAAAGCCCUUCCGCGAUCAACAUGACCUUGCAAGCAUGUACCACGGCACAGGAGCCAAGAUCGUCGAUCUCCUGUCACCAACACAAGACGCGCCCCCAUCCUACAACGAAACCGAAUCCCCGCCACCGCCUCCCUCAAUCAACGAGAGAAAACGCCGUCGAGUCGAUAGCGAAGGGAAAGACAGUGACGCGAUUUCACAAAUAUGGGCUGAGCUGAAAGCACGAAACGAGCGCGACCAAACAAUACAGCAUGAGCUGGCCGACUUGAAGAAAGAGAACAAUACCCUUCGAGACGAACUCGCACAGAUCCGUCAACAGGUCGCAGCCUUCCACCAAAACCUAGACGCAUUGAAGACAGACGUCGAGCACCUUCAAGGUCAAGACAAGCAGACCACCGACGUUAUGGAAGGAUAUGAUACGAGGCUGGUCGAGUUGCGAGACGAUCUUGAGGAUCUUGACGCCAAGGUCGACUCUAUCCAGGAGCAUCGCGAUGAGAAUGGUGUGGCGAGGGACUUUCUUGAUAAGGUCCGCAGCGACGUGUACGACGAUAUUGUCUCGCGUCUCACAGGCUGA